AUGUUCACUGACGAGUUUUCUCGCAUGAGGUUCGGCUUCCUAAUCACGACAAGGGACGAAACGGCAGAGUCUCUCCACAAAUUUGUACGGGAGGUAGCCGACCCGAUCGGGCAAAUCAUUGGCACGAUGCACUGCGAUGGUGCAGGAGAAUUCCAGGGCAGAUUCCUGGAGCUGUGCAAGUCCCUCGGAAUUACGGUCAAAACUAGCGCUCCAUACACUCCACAGCAGAACUCCAUCGCAGAACGUGGAUUUGGCACCAUCAUCGGAAUUACUCGCAAACUAAUGCUGGGCGCACCGCACCUUCCCAGCGAGCUGUGGGCUGAAGCAUUCCAGACCGCCAUCUAUCUCAAGAAUUGCACACCAACUGAAGUCCUGGGCGGCAAAUCCCCACUCGAGGUAUGGGAGGGUAAGCCGCUAGGUAUUCUGCUGCACGUUCACGAAUGGGGUUCGAUGGCCUUCAAACACGAGGAAGCGCGUUUCCGUCCCAACAAGCUUGCGGCCAGGGCCAAGAAGAUGUAUCUGGUAGACUAUUAUACCAAGGGUAGGUCGUACAGACUGUGGGAUCCUGCGGAGCCUUCUAAAAUCACCAACUCUGCCGAAGUAUCCUUCCUUGAAAAGGUGAUGCGCGACGUGGUGGAACAAGCUCUUCUGACAGGGGGUGUACUCGGAAACGUCGGGACGGGCAACCCUGGAGAAAUAGGUUACAGGCCUCCCGACCCGACCAAGUACGACGACGCAACACGUGGACCAGAUGCUGACCACCGGAGGGAGAACGGAGAACUAGCUCGACUGAAGAUUCGUAUCGUGGUCCAAGGCUUCCAUCAAGAAGACACGGGGGAAGACAAGGCAUCAUCAGUGGCGACAUUGGAGGCGGUACAUCUAGUAGUCGCCGUCGCUGCUCAGAAUGGCUUUGUUCUAAAACAGGCUGACAUCAAGACAGCGUUUCUACAUGCCAGGAUCCCCGCUAACGCAGACCCGAUUUAUGUUUGUCCUCCGAAAGGUUUCGAAUGCUCUCCAGAACAAGCACGGCAGGUGUGGCGGCUAAAGGCAUGGCUCUACGGAUUGCGUCUCUCCCCGAAAGGCUGGUGCAGCACCUUCCACGACUUCCUGAUUGAGAAAGGGUUCGUACAGAGAAAAGCAGACCCCUGUCUCUACAUUCUCGAAGCGGAAGGAGUUAUCCUUCUCGUGUACGUUGACGACAUCCUGCUGUCGGGGAAGGACGAGGAGAAGGUCAUGAUGGUCGUUGAUCUGCUCAAGGAAUUGUUCAACACGGUGCUCUUGGGGGAUGCUCAGCACCUGCUUGGUAUGAAGCUUGAGAGGAACGUCGACGCCGGUAUCAUAUUCCCUUCUCAAGAGACGUACGCAAAGACCGUGCUCGACCAGUUCGGAAUGGCCGAAUCGCGCCCGGUGAAGACACCGGCGGAACCUGGACCUAUCAGCAUCGAGGAGGAGAAGGUUUUAUCUCCAGAGGACACCAAAUACUACCGGUCCGCCACGGGUAGCCUUCUGUAUCUCAACAGGGGCUCAAGACCGGACAUAACACACUCGGUGAUGGUGCUCGCGAAGAGCAUGGCGAAGCCAGGUCCCAGAGCGAUGACAAAGCUGAAGCGAGUACUCCGGUAUCUAAAAGGAACGACCUCCAUCGGAAUCACAUACACCGAAGACGCCGACGGCGGAGAUAAACUCACGGCGUACGUGGACUCUGAUUUUGCAGGUGACCAAGACAAAGGCUACUCCACAACCGGUGCCGUUCUCUAUCUCGCAGGUGCCCCAGUGGACUGGAUAUCCAAGAAGCAAACGGUGCUGGCCAUCUCAACGUUCGAGACUGAAGCUGUUGCCCUGUCCAAGGCGUGCACUAUUGUAAUCCACUUUCGUAAUUUGCUGGAGUCGCUGAACAUGAAGAAGGAGAAGCCCACGGUAGUGUUUGAGGACAACACAGGCGCUAUAGCGUUUGCUAAGGGCGCCAAACUCACGCCCCAGAAGAAGAAAUUCGUCGACGUCAAGUUCAUCGAGACUGACUUGCAGAAGGCUGACAUCCUGACUAAAAGCCAGGGAGCUGUGAAGUUCCUCCAGAACCGCCUUCUCUUGCUUGGAGUGUAA